CUGUGGCUCCGGUGUUCAUUGAUGUGCUGGGCCCCCGGGGAGAGGGCAUUGGGCUGACCUGUCGAUCUGAAGGCUGGUUCCCCAAACCCGAGCUCCAGUGGGUUGGGAAGAACCGGCAGAAACUGGCAACGGAGACUGCGACUGACAUGACUCAGGACAGGGAGAGCCUGUACCGUGUUGUGAGUCACAUCACUGUCACCGAAAGGGAAAAUAGUGGAGACAUCAGCUGCAUCGUGCGGAAUGGCCUGGUGGAAACCCAGCAACAAUCGGCCGUUCACCUCUCCGGUGACGUCUUCCCCCAGAAGCCUCCCUGGCUGGCUGCAUUCUGGGUAUUGUUUGCUCUGGUUCUCAUUGCUGUCGGAGCUUGUGGAUAUCUUGGAUACACAGUGAAGCAAAAGGCCUCUGAGAAGAAACGGUCUGAAGAGGAGGCUCUGUUAAAAACUGAUAAUGACAAGAAGACCUUGGAAGCAGAAUGCCAGGAGCUGCGUCAGAGGCUGGGUGCUGAGAGGUUGAUGUUGGAAUCAGCUCAGUGACUCGCGCAGACCUGGCACCUACCUGCCUCCCUGACUGGAAGCUCCAGCCCAGCUGCAGUACUGA